AUGGGACAUCAGUCCUACAAUCAGAAGGAACAGAAUUCUGCCAACGUCCAGAAUGAGCUUGGAAGCUCAUUCAUCCCCAUAGACUCUAGAAAUGAAUACAGCCCAGCUGACACUUUGAUUUCAGCCUUGUGGACUCUUAAGCAGAGACCUAGACCUGGUGAAAAUGUUAAAGAUGAAGGGGGCGGGGACAAGAGAGUUGAGAAGGGCCUGGGGAAGCUCAAGACCAUUCCAUACAUGACAAAGGAUAAUGAUGAUUAUGAUGGUGAUGAUGAUGAUGACGAGGAUAAUGAUAAAAAUACCAGGGUACUAAGGCUACUUACUGGUGCUGAGAUCUUCAUGUUCGACCCUCUCCCUGAGCCAGUGCUGAUCCCCGCCAUGUGCCCCAGUGCCUCCAGCCUUACAGUCCUCUACCCACAAGUGGUCCGGCGCCAGCUGCUUGCCGAGGAUCUGCAUCCUGCCAAAAGGCUCCUCUUUCUCCCGCUCACCAUCGUCUUCUGCCAGCUGAGGCUGAAGAAACUGGGCGCCCUGGCCCCAGAGGAUGCCCCCAGCGCUGUGUCCCCCAUGUUCAUUCCCGCACCCGCAGCCCUCAAGCCCCUUAAUCUGACAGCAGAGCCCUCGAACAAUGCUCUGGAUCGCGGAACUUUUCUUCAGGAACACCUAGCUGCCUUCUAA